UUUACGCCACACACACACUACGCUGGCUGUUUGGAAAAUGAAACUGGCUCGUACAUGAGUUUUAGCUAUGAGAAAACGAAAACAAGGCGGUUAUUAGAAGACAAACAGAAGAAAAUAUCACCGGCGGUAGUUUAGUAUUUAAACCCGACACACGAAAGACAAACGGUAAGGAAAUCUUUCUUCUUCCCCUUUUUCAACUGGGAAUGUUGAUUAAACAUGGGAGCUGUGGAGGACGACCUGUGCUGAAAUGGAGGCUGUAGUGUUAGAUUUGGCUUCUUGGUGAGACUGAAGCUGCUGUCAUUAUGGCACACUUUGAGACAGAGUACCAGCGGCUGGAGGCGUCCUACAGCGACUCUCCACCUGGAGAGGAGAACCUGCUGAUGCAUGUGCCUGAAGGAGCCAAAUCCCACUGGCACCACAUAGAAAACCUGGACCUGUUCUUCCAGAGAGUCUAUAAGCUGCAUCAGAAGAAUGGAUUCACCUGUAUGCUGCUGGGGGAGAUCUUUGAAUUGAUACAAUUGCUGUUUGUGGUUGGCUUUACAGUAUUUUUAGCAAACUGUGUAGAUUAUGAUAUACUCUUUGCCAACAAGUUUGUAAAUCACACUGACUCAUCUAAAGUCACCCUACCUGAUGCCUUUCUCCCAGUGAAUGUCUGCAGUGCCCGUAUCCUGGACAACGUAUUUGUGAUGUUUGUGGUGAUCAUAUCUGGGGUCUUUUGGUUACAUCGGCUGGUCAAGUUCAUCUACAACAUCUGCUGUUACUGGGAGAUCCGAUCUUUCUAUAUCAACGCCCUGAAGAUGACCAUGUCAGAGCUACCUUAUGCGACAUGGCAGGAGGUCCAGGCCAGGAUAGUGGAAAUCCAGAAGGAACACCAGAUUUGCAUUCACAAAAAGGAACUCACAGAGCUCGACAUUUACCACAGAAUCCUUCGCUUUAAAAACUAUAUGGUUGCCAUGGUGAAUAAAUCUCUCCUUCCUGUGCGAUUUCGACUUCCUGUACUUGGGGAGUCCGUAUUCUACACCCGGGGGCUCAAAUACAAUUUUGAGCUCAUCUUCUUUUGGGGGCCAGGGUCUCUGUUUGAGAAUGAGUGGAGCCUAAAACCAGAGUACAAAAGAGGAGGCAACAGGCUCGAGCUGGCUGACAGGCUAGCAUCUCGUAUCCUGUGGAUAGGCAUUGCAAAUCUGCUGCUGUGUCCGGUCAUUCUUGUGUGGCAGAUUCUCUAUGCCUUCUUUAGUUACACUGAGGUGAUUAAGCGAGAGCCUGGUUCUCUGGGAGCGAGGUGCUGGUCUCUCUAUGGUCGCUGUUACCUGCGUCACUUCAAUGAACUGGACCACGAGCUUAUGUCUCGCCUCAGCAAAGGCUACAAGGCUUCGUCCAAGUACAUGAACUGUUUCCUUUCACCUCUGCUGACAGUGGUUGCUAAAAAUGUAGCCUUUUUCGCUGGGUCUGUCCUGGCUGUUCUCAUCGCUCUGACCAUAUAUGACGAAGAUGUUCUCGCCGUGGAACACGUUCUCUCGUCAAUCACACUGCUGGGAGUGUGUAUCACAGUCUGCAGGUCAUUUAUUCCUGAUAAACACGUGGUGUUUUGUCCUGAGCAGCUGUUGCGGGUUAUCCUGGCUCAUAUCCACUACAUGCCUGACCACUGGCAGGGCAAUGCACAUAAAUAUGAAACCCGUGACCAGUUCUCACAGCUCUUCCAGUACAAAGCAGUGUUUAUUCUCGAGGAGUUGCUGAGUCCAGUGGUGACUCCCAUCAUCCUCAUCUUCUGUCUGAGGCGAAAGUCUCUGGAGAUCAUCGAUUUCUUCAGGAAUUUCACAGUGGAGGUGGUGGGCGUGGGAGACACCUGCUCCUUUGCUCAGAUGGACAUCAGGCAGCACGGACACCCCGCGUGGAUGUCAGCGGGGAAGACAGAAGCUUCCAUCUACCAACAGGCAGAGGAUGGAAAGACAGAGUUAUCGCUGAUGCACUUUGCCAUCACCAAUCCUCAGUGGCAGCCUCCUCAAGAAACAACACACUUCAUCAGCCAGUUGAAAGAAAGAAUUCACAGAGAGGCCACUGGGGUUCCAUCGGACACACAUCCACUCUCCCUGUCAGAGUCUGAGCCGAGGAGCCUCAUAGCAAACCUCUUGACAGGUCCGUCUGCACUGGGCUCGGUUCAUUUUGGCAAGGAUAACUUUUUGACCAAUCAUGCAGCAGCUGGCAUCAGCGACGGAGCAUCUGCCUUGUGCUCCCUUUCCCCAGUCAGCGGCAGUUUGCACCUGAGAGGUAGUCUGAGUGCAGCCCACAGGAGCGCUGGCUGCUACACUUCAACCAUGAGCAAGGGAAUGGCAGGCUCUGGGACUGAUGCCCGAACUGUGAGCUCAGGCAGCAGUGCAUGGGAGGGUCAACUCACCAGUUUGGUCCUAUCAGAGUAUGCCUCCACUGAGAUGAGCAUCCAUGCACUUUACAUGCAUGAGCUUCAUAAACAGCAGUCCCGUGGUGAGAUGUCUCGUCACACCUGGCACAGGCAGGAGAGUGACGAAAGCAGCGACAGCAUUCCCGAUGAAGUGAGGAGUCACACCACCCCUCAUUCAAGGAAUUUCCCCCACUCACACACCUUCCCCACCACAGUUUCCAGCCCUAGUACCAUUCCCACUUCAGCUUCAGCUUCAGCCACCAGCAGUACCACCAUGGGCCAGGAAGCGGCGUCAUCACAGGGUGGCAGCCAUCGGCGAUUUAGUGGACCUACCACAGACUCGUUUGGUGCGGGGGGGAGAGUAGUGAGGUCGGCCCGCGUCCCCAUGGGAGGAUGGGCAGAAGAUGUUCAGGGAGCAACACGGCACCAUGAGCCACUACCAGAGGAGAGCUCUGAGGACGAAAUGCCUCCUCACAUACACAAGGUUACAUAACUAAGUCAUGUGAAUACGUAUCAGUGCCCCGCUGUCCACAGACAAUAAAAUGAAAGUCAUAAUCAUUGACUGAACCUCUCUCCAGGAUUGACCAUUUGAUAGAACACAGAUGAUCUCAACAAAUUCUUGUGCACUGAAAGCAUCUGGACAUUGACAGACAGUGAUCCUAUCACAUCAUGACUUGAUGUUAUGACAAAAAUCUCUGAAUUUGUGGAUCAGAACCGCCCUACAAGAAUAAGUUGUGUCCUAAAGCCAUCAAUCACUUUAGAUUACACUUGUUUUUAUAAUGAUAACUUAGUGAAAGUACUUGUGUUGCUGAGUAACUGUAAUUCUGAACACCACUGGCUUAAAACAUGAAGCAAUUUAACCAAAUUGUGUUCAUAUACAAAUCAUAUAUCAUGAGAUGUGAAAUUGGAAGCAUGUGCGUCUCUCUAACAAUAUCAACAUUAAUUCAUCAUCUUUCUUAUCACCUGAAGUUAAGUGCAUGGACUUGUAUCGCGUGAAUCUGCUCCUGUACCAACAGCAGUCGCCUGUGCAUCCUGCUCUGCUUGCAAACCUGCCUCUUUUUAAUUUCUUUGUGCUUUCAUUGUAUCACAAAGGUAAAGUGAAUUCUUGAAAACAUUUUCCUGAUUCAUAGCUCAGUUUGCACAGAUAGGCUAUCAUUUUAAAGACAAGUUGGACUGUGCACAUACUGCACUGUGUGAUAAAUGUUACCACGUCCAUACAACAACAUUAUUAAUCAGUUUGAAGGGCAGAAUAAUUUCACACAUAACCCGAGAUGAGGUAAACAAGAACAUUCAGAUUUCACCUUGGUUUAUUGUUUACCAUUUACUAUACGAUACUAUAUUUUAAAAGAUAUUCGGUAAAUGGUGUGGUAGGCAAACAAGGCUGUUUAAAGCAUGUAAUAGUGACUUAUGUGUCUAAAGCAAGCCCACGAGCACAAGUGUAUGACUAUCAUCCACUCAUCUUCUCCCCUACAGCAAGAACACUGACCAUCCUCCACAUCCUGCUCACUCACAGCAUGACCUUCAUCUGUGUCCUUCAUCAUUCAUCAGCCACACUUCUUCAAAGGGAAUAUGCACUUUAAUAAGUUAAAGCAGAGGGUGUCACUUAACUCAGAUUGUAUGUUUUCAUACAUGUGUUUUUAUUGUUUUAUUUAUCAAAGGGGACGUGCCAUGAUUAACACGGUGAAGAGUUGUGCAUACUGUUGUACAUUUGGUUUGGGGUUAAGAAACCUGUCUCACAAGCUUGACUGAGAAUAUUGUCAUGCAGUAAUCCAGUGCUGUAAAGUUAGAUUCAAAAUUAGCAGUUGUUUUUUUGUUUUAUAUGUCAUGUGAAUAUUUUGUACAGCUGUAAUUUCAUCCAUUAAAGACAAUGCAUUGAU